AGAAUAUUCUGCUUAUAUACGUCAGUCUAGUGUCCUGGCCGGUGAUCCUACUUCGAUCUUCCACGAAACAGGCCCCUGUGCUACGUACCCUAGUUCAUCUUUUACCUGCGAUCUCGCAGAGCAAAUCUGCACGGUGUACAGUCCGAGAUACUUGGUUGAGGUCUAGAUUGCGAGGAACCGUCUGCCGUGUCCAGUCCAGCUUUCUACCAGAUUUCGGCUCACGCCGUCGUAUAAGACGUGCCAUUACACUACAGUUCUUCUGAGCGCCAGACUCAACAUACAGCCACCAUCGAGCACAUAAGCCAGCAACACCCGACCUGCAGGUCUGACACCAGUGCGAAGCCCUUCUCGCCUACCUCCCGACCUCGUCGAACCCUGCAAUGCCCUCGUCAAUCACCCUGACCGUCAGCCACCUCCCCACGUCGACGUCCUUCUUCCUUUCCGCCCUCCAACCGCUAAACUACGUGUUCCGCGGCCGACAAGAACAAACCAUUGGGUUUGGUCCUCAAAAUCCGCCAAAUGCAGUCCCAGAUUUCUGGAUCACGCAAGAAAUCCCUGGUGUCCCUGCAGGCGCAGCUCACGUCGCCUUCCCAGCGUCCUCUCGUGCCCAAGUUCAAGGGUUCUUCCUGGCGGCUCUCAAAGCUGGCGGCAAGAUCCACGGAGAACCCUGUCAACGCGACGCUUCGGGGUAUUACUCGGCCGCCGUGAUCGAUUUUGACGGGAACUCAAUCGAGGCCGUGUACCGCCCAGACUUUGGGGACGAUGCGAACAAGGAGAAUGAAGAUGUGCGAACGAGUGUAUCGCGAAAGACAUCUUCCGUCAAAGCACCCUCGCAGGCCGCACCAGCCAAGAGCGUCGUCUCUACAAAAGCACCCACCAUCGUCUCACAAGCUCAAAGCAAAACACCUACCGUUGUGUCGCAGCCUCGAAGCAAAGUGGCGUCCCAAGUCCGAAGCGUGACUGCGCCCACCCAUAUUUCAGCCGCGACAGCGAAGCCAGAUGGACAACCGAAGUCCAAGCAAGGCGACGUCCUAGAUACUCUCAUGCAAGAAGCCCGAAACGCCGCCAGCGUCGCCAGGGAUCUGGUUAACAGCGUCCGGCCCAAUCUCCACAACGGCUCAUCCUCAGACCAGGCUCCGGGAAAUUUGGCAACCGGCUCCGGCGCGGGCGAAGCUAUCGUCGGCGCCACUCUGCUCGGCGUUGCGGCUGGCGCAGCACUGCACUAUGCAUUCAGUAACCGGUCCAAGGAGAGCCAGGCGAGCAAUGACGAAGGUAGAUCUCGCCGUCCGUCCGUUGUGGGCCGCAGUUUUACGGAGCCCGCUGCACUGAUGAUGGGUCCACAAUAUGAGUACUCCAGCGUCGGGAGCGCGGCGUAUUACGGCCCAAAUGGGAGGGUUGUCAGUGUGUAUCGCGCCAUCGAACCGGCGCCUGCUCCUGCAAUGUCGGCGUAUAGUGAAGGCCUGGGACAUGGAUUGAUUGAGAUGCACGAUAAUGAGCGCUCACAGUUGACUUUACCGGCGCCAUCAAAAGUAGGGUCACGGGCAGGGUCGGAUCAUGCAUCAACAGUCCGACCCGCAAGUCGAGGCAGGAGGAUGAGUAUUGACUCGGGCUUUGGGCCUGGGCCAAGGGAUGUGGAGAAGGGCAAGGACGCAGUGUCGCAUGUAUCGAGUAGAGCGUCGACAAAGAUGACAAGACAGUCGAACAAGAGUGGGGCGCCGCCGCCGACGAGUUAUCGCGCACCGACGGUACUAACGACGGCAGAUACUCAGGCCAAGUCACGACAGUCGUCACGAUCGCGGACUCGGUCGGGCAGUGUGAGCAGGAUCAUGAGUCGCAUCGGCGGGAGCGAGGGUGGUGCUGGGAACGACAAGGAGAGGGAGAGGGGGAGGAGUCAGUGUAGGUCGAGAGUGAGUCGGCGGGACGAAUUUGAGAACGGCGAGGGUGAUAAUGACAGUGCGAAGACGGUGUUUCAUGUCACGGAGUCUUUGAAGAGGGUGGUCAGUCGCACGCAUUCAGUGAGUAGAGAGAAAGAAGACGGUGGUGCUGGGUCGCGAGUGCUGUCACGGUCGACUUCGAAGUCUCGCCAGCCUCAAGAGUACCCGCUUCCUCCUUCGAGGGCGGCGACUUGGACGGGCGGGAGUGAGGCCGGUGGGAGUUUUGUGUCGGCAAAAUCGAAGCCCAGUCCAGGACGCGUGGUGAGUGCGCCGAGGACGAUUAUUGGCAAGUUGAAUCCGAUGCGUGUGCGGACGGUUGUGGAUCGAGAUUUUGCUGCGGACAAUGGGGCCGAGAAGGAGGCAGAUGGUGAUAGUGUGUCGGUGAUUUCGAAGCAGAAGGAUCUGGCACGGUUGGAUGUUUCGGACAGGGAGGUCAGGCCGGAGGAUAGUGUGAGUCAGAUCAGUGUGCAGAGUGCGAGGACUAGGAGGACUGAGAAGGCUGGGAGUAGGGCUGGGAGCCGGAGGGGGUAAGGGAUGCUGACAUACUGUAUCUCAGGUUCAGAGAGCAGCGAUGCCCAAGUGCCAGUACAAUAGGGAAUGUGGGAAUACCAC